CUCAAUAAACGAUCUUCGGCCAUGAUGUGUCACUCGGACUUUUCAGCUAGCCUACUGCAAUGUGAGAAAGUCUAGUGAGUAGCUGCUCGCCAAACCAACGAAACAAUAUGAUAGGGACAUUACGGAAACAAAGUAGCACUGAAAGCUGGCAGUUUAUUGCCUCCUGGGAAGCAACUGAGGAUGAUAUGAGGACUCAGUGGACUCUAUCUUCUCCUCCACGGCCUGUUACCUUAGUGUGAGCCAAGUAUGCAGUGUUAUGCUGGCUAAGACUGACAUUUCAGCCCCAAAGUAGUUAAGAAGAAACCGCUUCUGGCUCAGUCUGUGUCAGCUAAUAACAUCAAGACUGUGAGACCCAGCCUCUGCCUUACAUCAAACUCUGAGUGUGACUGUUAGAGUGGGAACCACUUUGCCUCAGGAAGAAAACCCUAUGUGCCUGCCUGUCUGAGCCUCCUGUGAGGGCUUAUAACCCUGCAUCGCUGCCAAGAGUUAACUGUGUUCUUUUGCACAGGUAGUAGGCCCCAGUGUUGUACUGCCAUCACUGCACCUGUGGUGGAAGUUAUGAGUGCUGUUGGUCAGGAUUUUUCAAGAACUUGUAGUCCAACUACAGUGACCAACAGAAAAUUUACAACCCCAUUCAGCUGGAGCUGACAUUUCAAAAGUCAUUCCUACCGAAGAACCACUCACAGAGUAGGGAGCAACAAGGAGGGGUCUUUUAGGGAAGUGACCUUCCUCCAUCUCAGGCUUCUUUGAUAUUGUCUUGACUGUUUAGUCCUAUCCUGCCUGUCAGUCUCCACUCAAGACCUUGGCCCCUUAACACAGCCCUUCAGAAAUAACCACAUCUUUGUUGGGCUUUGCCAUGCCCACCAACCAGUCUUCCCCAUGGGGUGGGGGAAAGCUACGGGGCUGCUCUAAUGCUGACAGUCCCACCCCUACAACCUCUGUCACUAGACAUGCCAAGGCCAUUGCUGCCACUAAGGUGCCUUUAAAUCAGACUUCACUGGAGCCAUCCAGGCGAAAGGACCAAGCCAGACCCCUCUCCUCUAAGGUUUCCUCUUCUGCCUCCCCCUUGAGGCAGACAACUGGGGAUGGACAUAAAACUAACACCCAGAGCCAAUUCACCGCUGUGCCAGACGGGUCUCUAAACCUGCCACAACAGCUUAAUAGGAUUCAAAUCCCAAACCAGGUACUGGCAACAGGACUGAAGCAGGCUGGCAGCAGCCUCACAGAGACUAAUGCCCCUUCCUCCAUACCCAAGAAAGAAUGCCAGGUUGGGUUUAAUGUUCUGUCGAUGGGUACCAUGCAGAAAUGUACAUCACUCCAAACUGCUCAACUUGGAAAUGGUUCAGCAAUGAGCAGACGCCAGGCGGCCGGAGGUGAUGCACCAUUGGGAUUGGAGCCUCUUUUGUCAGUUUGUCAUCAAGAUCUGUGCAUCAAAGGACAGUCCACUUUGCAGCAAACUAACAAGUUGAUGCCUGAGGCUGCUGACUGUUCCUCUUUGCCAUCAGUGCCUCCUCUCUGCCUUACUCUUUGUGAACAUCAGGGGGCAGAAUUGGGAAAGGAUGCUUCAAGCCUUGAUAGCACAAAAGUAGAAAUAAGAAGCACAGCAGGAGAAACAACUACAAGGAGGUGCCACUCAGCUAAACCGGCAACAAAACGCACUCUGACACAAAACAGUUGCACACUAAUAGCUGAUUUAAACAGUCCUUUGCAAGUAAGAGGUGGUCCUCCAGCAGUUUUGGCAGAAACUACAAACAGCAAGCCCCAAACAAUAGCAUCACAACAUGUAAACAAGCAGGCUCCAGAAAAUCAAUAUCCACCAGGAAGCACCCUGUCCACAUGCAGAAGAAUCAAUCCUCCAGAGGUCAGUCCCAUUCCAAAGGGCCCCGUGCCAACUGUGCUCAGUGCCAGUGCCAGUGCCACUCAGGAGCAGCGGCCUACACCGCAGGAUGUCAUCCCAGAUGUAGCCUCUUGUCCUGCAGGAGCCUUGGUGGGUUCUGUGACCACUCAGAUCUCUGCUAUCCACCUAACCAAGCAGGGUCAGCCUGCCUCUGCUUCAUCUUCAUCUCCAUCCCCUACUUCCUCCUCACCUUUGCCAACAGAGGAGUGUCUGAUUGGAGAGACUCAGCUGUCUGGGCCAGAGUGUGUUAUGCAGGUGGAUGGAUGUGAAGAGGAGCUGCCUGAUGAGCUGGAAAAUGCCUGUAGUGAUGAUGAUGAUUCAGACUGUUCGUCCAUCAAUGGCACUUCAUCCACAGCAUCCAUUGCUCUCCUCUCUGGUGUGGAGGAGCCUAUGUUAUUGGGGGCAGAAGAUGAUCGAGAAGAGCGGCCAGCACUGGUUCCUAGUUUGUUCCCCCUCAACCCUCCAACACUCUACUUCAGCACUGCCAGUGAAAAAGUGGAGCUGCUGCCUGCAGAACAAAGACGACUGUUAAAAUGGAAGAUGAGCACUGUCACUCCCAAUGUGGUCAAACACACCAUCGCCAGGUCACACUUCAGAGUCACCAAGAAAAGCCAUGACUGGCUGGGCUGCUGGGGACACCAUAUGAAGUCUCCUGGCUUCAAGGCCCUUGGAGAGCACCAGAAGCUGAACCACUUCCCAGGAACGUUUCAGAUUGGCAGGAAGGACCGGUUGUGGAGGAACCUGUCCAAGAUGCAGGUUCGCUUUGGGAAACAAGAGUUCAGCUUUUUCCCCCGGACCUUUGUCUUACCUCAGGACAUCAAGCUGCUCCGCAAGGCAUGGGAGGAUGGUGGCUCCAGGCAGAAAUGGAUCAUCAAACCUCCUGCAUCAGCCCGAGGAAUAGGUAUCCAGGUCAUCCACAAAUGGAGCCAGAUGCCCCGGAAGAGACCACUACUGGUCCAAAAGUACCUUCACAAGCCCUACCUCAUCAGUGGAAACAAGUUUGACUUGAGGAUCUACGUCUAUGUGACAUCCUACGAUCCACUCAGAAUUUACAUCUUCACUGACGGAUUGGUUCGAUUUGCCAGCUGCAAGUAUUCGUCUUCCAUGAAGACUCUGAGUAACAAGUUCAUGCACCUGACCAAUUACAGUGUCAACAAGAAAAACUCUGAGUACCAGUCUAACAGCGAUGACAAGGCUUGCCAGGGACACAAAUGGGCUUUGAAGGCCUUGUGGCAAUAUCUCGGUUCCAAGGGAAUCAACACCACUUUGAUAUGGGAGAAGAUUAAAGACAUUGUGAUCAAGACCAUCAUUGCGUCAGAACCAUACGUUAACAGCCUGCUGAAGAUGCAUGUUCGGACGCCUUACAGCUGCCAUGAGCUAUUCGGCUUCGACAUCAUGCUGGAUGAGAAACUCAAGCCGUGGAUCCUGGAAGUCAACAUAUCACCCAGUCUCCAUUCCAACACAGCGCUGGAUGUCUCCAUCAAAGGUCAGAUGAUCAGAGAUCUUCUGAACCUGGCUGGCUUUCGUAUUCCUCAAAGAGAGCAUGCGGUCGCUCCCUGCAGCAGUGCCUCGAGCUCCACCAGCAGUCUAUGUGGUGGGAACAGGGAGAGGACUAAACCAGAUCUGUCAGCAGAUGAGAAGGUUAAACGGGCAUUUUACCUCGCACAGCGCUAUGUUGACCAGGAAUUCCUCUCUACAGUGUUGGACAUCUUAACUCCAGAGGAUGUUCGCGUGCUUGCAGAGAGUGAAGAUGAGAUGAAUCGCAAGGGAGAGUUUGAGCGAGUUUUCCCAUCAGCGUCAUCAUCUCGCUACCUUCGCUUCUUCGAGUGUCCAAGAUACCUCACCAUCCUGCUGGAUCAGUGGGAACAGAGAUACUGGAACAACAGGACAAAGGGUAUCAGUCUGCUGAGAACCCUCUGUCAGAAAGGAGUCCAUUUGGGAACCAGUGACCCUGCUCAUAUAUGGUCUAAGUGUAGCUACAUCUCCAAGUUUGGACCCCACAGACAGGAUCUUGUCAGCCCAUCCAGGUCCAGGGUGAUGGUCAGCCAUCAUCACAGGUCCCAUCACGAUGACAAUGAUGAUGGUUCAGACAGGGAAGUUGCUUCAGUGUCCAGUCUGCCUGUUUCGCCAAGUCCUGGAUCCAGUGUCACCAGCAGUGCCUGUACAAGCCCUCAGCCCAGCCUCACCCAGGGCCUGCUACCCCAGCAGUUUGCCUCUCUCUGAUGAUCUGGUUUACUAACAUGAUGCCGGUACCCAGAACAGACACAAAGCUCAGCAUCUUAUUUAGCCCCAUCCUUUUCCUAAGCACCACUCUCUAAUUCAUAUCUAACAACUUUGAAACUCUCACUCUGACUGAGAAAUGUAUGUAGAAGUGUAGGCUUGAAGCUCUGUCUGAACACAGACUGUAGAAGUGGGUGGAUUUUGGUCUUUAACAGAGUUGUAGUUGACUAUCAAAAUGAAACAUUACAAUUAAGUACCAGACAGUAUGUACAGAAAGUGGAGGAACUCUUUGAACAUUGGGUCAUUUUAGACAGCUAAUGGUUAUCUUUUCUAGUCUUAAGAUACUUAAGAUAAGCCUUCAUCAUUGCAACGUGAAAAAAAUAACACUUUAAGGACCAGACCUGUGUUUUUUUUAUGUUUCAGUGUCAAGCCUUUUAGGUGGUUGAAUGUAUUUUUCUGUGCUUGUGAUCAUCCAGUAAUUUAUGUCAGCACAAGAUCAACCUAUUACUACCAGUAUCAAUAUUGAAACUGCAUGAAAGCAUUUUGACAACAAUAGAAGCAGACCUAACAUUCAUUACAAUGAAACCAGUACAUUGACAUAUUGGUGACCCAUAUGCAGUCAUCCAGCACAAAAAGUCAGACCUGGCUCAUCUUUGCCUCAUCACCGCGUCAUCUGGCAAGGCCUGUCUAGUACUAGCCAGUUAUACUGCUGUUUACCCAGCAAGUAUUGUGACAAAGGAUGAAAUGACUGUAGCUACAUUAUUUUUUCAGAGUUGGAUAAUAGUAUUAUAACCUGCUGUGCAGUGUUUGACUUUGGACAAGUAUUAAAACUAAUGGAUGUAUUUCUGAAACUAGACAAUACAUCUCACCUGCGCUAGUAGCUGCACGCCCACACGCAACACAGUCCACACAGUAGUGUUGUUUAAAACCAUGCCAUUUUGUCUGAAUAACUGCUAAGAACAAAAUCUUCAGAUCUCAUCCACCUGCACAUGUUGAUUUUCACUGGCCUGAACCUAAACUGUGAAUAAAACAUGCUGGGCUUCCUCACAACUUAUACCACAAAAUGAUGUUGGCAUAAGCUGUAGAUUUGUGUGUAGUAUAUACACACACUAGCACAGAGAAGACCGCAAAGCCAACAGUACCUUACAAUACAGUGCAGUGGUCAAAAGUUGACAAUUACUCAACACUGUGAUUUUUCUGAUGUCUUUAAAUCUCAGACUGUUGUUGGUUUGGUGGUAAGAUGACUGUUGAAUAACUGAUCGCACAAGUGUCACAUUCUUAGCCUUAUGGACUUUUGGGUGCAUCUGUGAAAAUGGAGAAGACAAAAAAAGGGCACUCUGUAGACAAAUGAAGGGAGAGAUGAGUUGGAGAAGAGGAGUGCUGCAGGAAAAGACCAUUAGGAGCUCACUAGAUGUUCUCUGGUGUGCUGACAUCCCUGCAGCUUAUUUAAAACAUUUUUCAAGUGUCUUAAGUGUCAUCACAUUUUAUUUUCACUGGUUGAUAGUGGUGUGUUUCAUAAAGCCUUAUUUUCAUUCAUGAUGUUGAUUUACAAUAUGUUAGAAAAACAUGAAAUUGUGAUUAGCUGGUCUGAUGGGCAUUUUUGGAGACAAAAAAAGUUGAUUACCAAUGACAUUUAGAGCAGGUGAACCCUGUAAUAUGAUAACUGCAACCUAAUUAGACUUUUAAAAAGGGGCUUUCAUUUUCUUCUACUUGUAAACAAAUGAUAAUAUCAAAUUUCUUGAAAGCUUCCUCCAGCAGCAGUUUUUAACCUGCUGGAACGUGACAGUGUAUUUUCAUUAAAACAAACUUGUGUCCUUUAAAGUUUUCUAGAAAGUAACACUUAGACUGUAACUAUUUUAACAUAAAAUAACAACUUCAAAAUAAUUUUUUGGGUCCACUGACCUGUAAUAAGGAGAAUGAUGCCUCUUUCAUUCCCACUCCACACCCUGAAUGUCUGUUCUUGCACUAUAUUGGGUUGACUGGAUACGAUCUCUCGUGAGACAUAUGUAACUGAGAGAUAGUCAACAGCUCAAGCUGCUGGAAUCAGGCCCAGUAAUACUUCAUUAUAGAUCAGUUAAAAAGACUUUGAAGUAAUUAAAAACCAGCAUUUAUCUCUGAUACCCAGCAAGGAAACUUUGGAAAAAGUCAAGAUAUAGACAGAGUUUGGUGUGUUUGUUACAGCUAAAGCACCUGGGGAUCAUGAGGAGUAUAAAACGUUUGGCCGUGUUUCAUUUCAGUGAGUGGGGCACUGCUGUCAAGCUGUUAGCUUCUAGGGGUACACUGCUUCCAGCGCUCUAACUCCUCUGACUUGGAGCCCAACAGAAUUUAAUGCAUCCACGUACCUUAUUACCACUUGUGGCUGCAGAAGAUGCUGUUGCUCAGCAAAAUUUACACAGGGUUGCUUUAACACUGCAUUGAGCAGUUGUAAACUGAGUGCUGGAUUGGGUCUCACCGUUUGCUGUUUGUGGUGAAUCAUUUUCUUCUUCUUAUUGUAUCCUCAGGAAAAAAGGUAUCAAAAAUAUACAUCUACUGUGAGGGCAUAUAAUAUAAUAAUAUAAUGUCAAACUACUUGAAGUUGAAAAUGUUUGGGUACACUUGUAACAAACUGACAGGCAGCACUGGCUUUGGAGGAGAGACAUGUAGCUGCCAUGAAAACAUCCUCUUAAGUCUCAGUCUUACUUGAGUGAAUAUUUGAAAUUUCCACAAUGAUGACUGUUAAAAUGAAAAUGAUUUGAAAAGUAAUUUUUUCAGUCAUUUCUGCUGUCAGAUGUACAAGAUGCGUGGAAGCUAACCUGUUUACAGAUGAGUUUUAUUAUGCAAUUUACUAACAAACUGCUUUGCAGUGUCAGUAUGUAGCAGACAUUUAUCACUUCAAGGAAGCUUUGAUUACUUGUAUAUUUAUAUUUACUGUUAUAGUUUUUAUGUACAAUUAGUAAAUAAAUGACCAUGUAAACGUUCAGUUCUAAAGGGGGAAAAAAUCAUUCAUACUGGAGUCUUAAUGUUUUCAUUUGACAGUACUGGCAACCUUCUCUGAUGCCUAUAGUGGAUUCCACUUUACACCACAGCCAAACCACCAUCAUGUUUGUUAGCUGCUUUACAGAAUUUAUAUAUAUUACAAAAUUAAAUAAUAACACUGCAUUUGAAGAUGUUUUUAACAAUUGAAAUGUUAAAAGUGGAGAUGAGAUCUUUACUAACUUGACAACUGUAAUAUUUCUAUGUGAAAGUGCUGUAUAAGUUGCUUAUGAUGACUUUUAAAAUAAAAGUUAUUUGAGGUGCAAGUGUCAUAA